UUAGUGUAUCGAUAGGCAUGGGAGCGCACGUGCGCCUCGCGCUGGCGGCCGGCCUCGCGCUGCUGGCCCGCCUCGCCACCGGCCUCACCACGAGCCUCGCCAGCACCAGCCCCUGUGGCCUGUAUAACUCGACGGAUCAUGUUAUACAUGAAUUAAGUGAUGCGGAAUACUACGCGAUGCCCAAGCUGUUUGAGCUGGACGACUACGAAACCUGCCUCAGCAAGCGAGGGGUGUACUGCAUGGGCAGCUUCCAGCUGUCUGCACCACCAGAUCACCAGCUGUUCCAGGUUAUGACGGGCUGGUCCAACAAGUGGGUAGACAACUACAACCACACGCUGCUGCACCGCGGCGCCUGUCUCUCCACGCGCUGUCCGCAUCUCGCUGACAAGCGUAGUGGACAAGUGGACACUUGGUUCGAAUCGUGCAUCAACGAGAGCACGACAUGGGACUACAACAUAUCCGCGCAGCUUUACCAGCUGGAGUACUGCCAGCGCGGCCCCCCGCAGGAGCCCCCUCUCUCCACCAAUCAGAGAGCGUUUGCUGCUGUGUUUGCCGCCAUAUUGGCGAUCGCUGCCAUCAGCACUACCUUGGAUUUGACACUAACUGACCACACUAAAAAAGACUACGGCUGGGCGCUCUCCUGGUCGGUCCGCCGCUCGUGGCGCGACCUGACGGCGCCGAUCCCGACCAGUUCGUCCGCGGACCUGCGCUGUUUUAACGGCCUCCGCGUCUUCUGCAUGAUGUCCAUCUUUCUGGAGCACGUCGCAUGGCUCUCCUUACAAACCUAUACCUCGAAUACGCGGUACUUGGAACAGUCCCGUAGUUCACCAGACACGCUGUUGAUGAUCAACGGCACGUUGGUGGUGCAGAACUUCUUCGUGAUGUCCUCGUUCCUGCUCGCACAGAAGCUGCUGCGGCAGCGGGAGAAAGUAUCCAUUCUCAAGACCUUCUGCAGCACCUUGGUUAAUAGGCUCGUAAGGAUAAGUCCCAGCUACUUCCUGGUGAUGUGGUUCGUCACGACGUGGUGGGAGCGGCUGGGCGCGGGCCCGCUGUGGGCGCCCUCCGUGCUGGGGGAAGCUGAUGUCUGCCGCCGCAAGUUCUGGACGCAUCUGCUGUAUGUCAACAAUGUCGUCCAGCCGGAGGAUAAAUGCAUGAUACAGACGUGGUACCUGGCAGCAGACAUGCAGCUGUACGUAGCGGGGCUGGUGCUGACGCUGGUGUUGCGCGGGCGCCGCGUCGCCACGCUGCUGCUGACGGCGCUGUUCCUCAUCUUCACUGCUGUGAACUUCGCCGUGGCCUUCACGUGGCGGCUCGUGCCAAACUUCGUGCUGCAUCGACCAGAGUCGAUACGUUCAGGCUACGCUGGCGAGCACGCGUUCGACCUGAUCUACCAGUCGCCGGUCGGCAACGCGCCAGCCGUGCUGGCUGGCCUGCUGCUCGCGCACCUGCACUACCAGCUUAGGGAUAGCGGUGUGCGCGUCACUCAAUAUAAGUUAUUCCGUUGGAUAUCGAUCCUGAGUGCGCCUGCAGCGCUGUGGUGGGCGGCCGUGGAGCCGCUGCUGGCGGGCAGCGACGCGCGCGGCCCGCAGGCCAACGCGCUGGCCGCAUAUGAAAGGCCUGUCUUCCUUGUGUUCGUUGUUAUGGCGCUUUUGGGCGCUAUGAACGGGAUUAAGUCUCCCUGGCGCUCAUGGUUGUCCCACUUCGGCGGGAUACUGCCGCGGCUCUCGUUCGGCGCGCUGCUGCUGCACCUGCCGCUCUACAAAAUAUUCCUGGCCACUAGAACUGCGCCCAUUCAGUUCGACCGAUCAUCUACGCCAUUCGAGUGGUUCGGCAUCAGCGUAGUGUCGUACCUAGCUGCGAUACCGCUCGCACUGCUAGUGGAACUGCCAGCGCAAACGCUCUACAAGGAGCUCACGACACGACGACGGGAAGUGCACGAUCCGACACGGGAGAAACUAGAUCGGAACGAUAUGUGAUACGAUAGUACCAUUUAUUUGUGAUCUUUGAAGUCCCAUUCAUGUGCUGUAUUGGGAUAAGGAUGUAUCUCCGUAGAUCUCACUCGGUCUAAACAUUUUAUUUGAACGGCAAAAAUUUGAAUGGUGCUAAGAUCUGUCCAUCGAUUGAAUCUUUUAGGUUUUGUAUGAAAAUGUUUUUUUUUUUGCAUUCGAUUUGUUUUGGACAGACUAGUAAGGAAUGUUGUUUGAAAGCAAAUUAAUAUCAUUACCGAUUUGUCGACCAGUGUUAUAUUUAUUAUAUUGUGGUUAUCGAAAUUAAAUCGAUUAGAGAUAUUUAUAGCUCUAUGUUCUUAGCAUAGAGCGUUUAAAAUCAGCUAAAUGUUAACCACAUCUUAAAUUGUUUUGAAUGAAGAAAUAUUGAUGUCUGUUUCCUGUAAAUAGUAGACUACUGAAAAAUUAAGUGUGCUUUAGUUACCAUUUUAUACGUAAUUAAUACUAAGCUGAAAUAACAUAGUAUUAAAUGUGGGGUUAUAAAAGUAAUUUAAUACCUACCUUAAGACGAUAAGUGAAGAUGUUCUUUCAUGGUAAUCUUAAAUGUAUCCUAGAAUAAAUUACCUAUACCAAAAAUAUGAUUGGAACAAGUACAUAAAAGAUUUAAAUAUUGGAGUCAUAGUCAAGUCACACAGUUAAAAUUAUUAAUUGGUACAGUUCCUAAAUUAUACCCACUUAAUGAUGUGAUUACUAAAUAAGUAGUAAGACUGAAGUCUUUAAAUUGGUGCCUAUUUAGUAUGUCUAAGAAAUAAAACUCUUGUAAUAUU